GCCCCGUCACUAGUCGGCCCCAGGAACUUGUUUUUCGCCAGAGCUGCCAUGAGCAAGCGGAACCAGGUGUCGUACGUGCGACCCGCCGAACCGGCAUUUCUGGCCCGCUUCAAGGAGCGGGUCGGCUACAAGGAAGGGCCCACGGUAGAGACCAAGAGAAUCCAGCCUCAGCUGCCAGAUGAAGAUGGUGAUCACAGUGACAAAGAAGAUGAACAGCCCCAAGUGGUGGUUUUAAAAAAGGGAGACCUGUCAGCUGAAGAAGUAAUGAAAAUUAAAGCAGAAAUAAAGGCUGCCAAAGCAGAUGAAGAACCAGCUCCAGCUGAUGGAAGAAUCAUGUAUCGAAAACCAGUCAAGCGUCCCUCAGAUGAAAAAUAUUCAGGUUUAACAGUAAGCUCAAAAAAGAAGAUGACAAAUGAAGAUGAAAUAAGGAAGCAGGACUCAGUUAAAAAGAACUCACAAAAGCAAAUCAAAAACAGUAGCCUCCUUUCUUUUGGCAAUGAAGAUGAAAACGAAUGCCUUAUUCUAGUCCUGUGAGCUAAUACCAGGUGUCAGCCCUCAAAAUGAAACCAUCAGUAGGGAGCUGUGAAUGUUCCAGCAGAACUGAGAACUGCCCUGUCCUGAGGAUCUGAAGAGGAGUUCUUAGAGCUAACCUGACUUACUGUCAAUCCCUGGGAUCCCAGGAUGAACUGAUCCACCUGGUUUCUCAAGAGAAGAAUCUUUAGGACAAGGCAUAGAACCCAGAGCUGACCCACCCACCACACCCUCAGGCCCCAUCUUGGGAUUCCCAGUAGAGUGUGAAGGGAUCCAACUGCAGCACGGGGAGCUGGCCUUCCCUUGCUGUACAGGUUUCAUUCCUGGGAUCCUACCUGGGAUUUUGUCAGACAGAUGGAUCUUCCAACAUCUUCCCUGGCUCCUGGCCUCCUUCCAUGGCUCUCCUUUAAAUUCAGCAUUCCUCCUUGCUCAGUCUACCUGGCCCAGCCCUGUUUCUUGGGGACACAUCCUUGUGCACCAUUUGAGUUCCAUUUUAUGGGACUCAGAUUACCCCACAUGCCCAGCAGCCUCAAUUCCUGGGCCAGCUGACACCUGCUGAAGGGACCGAGAAGCUGAAAGGGAUGUCCUGGGGUUGCUCUUUCCACCCUGGCUUCUUUAAGCCCAUAGGGCCCUCUAACACCAGAGAUGAUAAUGGAAGCAGUCAGCAAGUGUAGGCAUCUCUGCUGUCCUACCCGCCCCCUGAGAUAGUUGUCAGAAUCAAAAGCAGUUAUUUGUCAAACUCUAACAAAAAAUAAAGCUAUGAGGCUGAGAAGGGAGGGCACUCACACAUAUAUGUCUAUGAUAAGAACAAUUACAAAAACUUAUACACAUGCUUGUAACAAAAACUUUUACCAAGGACUUUUCAAACUUUUACUUGCUAUAGGAGUCACAGGACAGCUAGUUGGAUGUACAAGAACAUUUGCCUGACACUGUCUUCACUAAUAAACUGACAGCAACUCCUGCCAUAGGCCCGUGUAACCAAUGUUCGGUUUGUUUCAAAACACGUUGUACUUUUCUCUCUAGACUUUAAAAACCUUUGUCGUCCCUUAUCUUCCUGAAUAUGCACAUAGGUUACUGUGGUAUGCACAUUCCCGUUGCAAUGCUGUAUUCCCAAAUAGAAGUUUUUCUUAGAGAUUUGUCUCUAUAAUUUUAACAUCCCCAUGGCCUCUCCCAAACAAGUUCACAAGCAACCUGUCCUUCCUUUCUCCUGUGAACUUGCCUUCAAAUCCCAAAAAGGUCACUUACAAGUUGUGUGAACUGGCAUAUGUUGCAGAUACUAAGCCUCAGAUUCCUCAACAGUACAGUCAGGGCAAUAAUUCCUGACUUAAUUAUUCCAGUGAUUGAGAAGAUAACUAUAUAAAGGGCUUACAAAAACCCUACACACAGGAAUCAAAUUAUAGCUGUUAUUAUUAUAACUUCCCCUAAACAUGUGCAUAGCUAUAGGCUCCUGGUAGUUUCUUGAAGUUCCAAAAAUCAAAGGGAAGGAGCUCCCAGAGCCAGCAUUUAGCUAAAAUCUGAAGAACACUUUCUGUAUGAUGAUGCAAUGUGAAAGCAUGCUGUCUUCAUUUUGCAUGGCAGCCUGCUUAAAACAUAGCUCUACACUUUUCUCUGUAACAUUAACAAACAGGAAAGAACUUUUAUGAGUUCCUUGAAGUUUUGAGCAGAAUUACAGCAGAACUCUCCUCCAAAGCUUAAAUUACUUUUGAAAUAAAGGGGGCCUGGACCUAAUUUGGAUGGAACCUAAGCCACCCAAGACGGGAAUGCAGCAACAGACUAGCUCCUACAUUCUGAUUCUAUAAAACUAGAGUAGGUAAAACAAGAUGAGCUGGUCACUGAGGCCAAAUCUUGCUGGUCCAGGAUGACCAACCAUCUAGCUCAUCCAGGACUAAAGGGUUUCCUGGAACGUGAACUUUCAGUGCUAAAACCAGGAAAGUCCCAGGGAAACCCUACACUGAUUUUUCUUUUAGGUCUCUGAGUUACUAUUCCUUCCUCCAAGAAUCUUCCCCUAAAUGGGUACACACUGAGUACCUGCUCUGUCCCAGGAACUAUUCUGAUCCAGAGGCCUAUUGCCUAUUGGAGGAAACCAAUGAAGUUAUUACACUUUGGAUUGGAUGCUGGAAUAGAGGUGUACAGGGAAUUCUAGUGCCCACAUUUGUGCCACCUCUUCUGAUUUUGACUGGGAACCUUCAUAAAGGAAUGACUGUUCUUAUUUUUCGUAUUGAGGAUAAAUGCAAUAUUCUGAUGUGGAAGGCUUUGCUUUGUUUUGUUUUAGCUAUCAGUGCACAUCUUUCUUCCAAAACCUGGGAAGGAACCAGAUAUGCGUUAAAAAAAAAAAGUCAACCUGUAGAUACUACAGAUAUAUGUUGGGUCCGCUGCCGGCUGACCCGAACAGCCCUAGCCUCGUUCCUCUUGGUGGGCAAGCAAAUGGCCUGGAUUCCUCUUUCCCUCCUGUCCCCUUUGGAAGGAGAUGGGGGAAGAGAGCCGUGAAGAGAGGUGAGCACACCGCUGGCCCCAACCAGCCCGGUUUAAAGGACACUCCAACGCGGUGGGGGUUCUGUCAAGCAGUUCCGUUUAUUAUCACACAAGCACUUGCUUUUAAAGGCAAAUGGGGAAGGGAGGUUUUUUACAUAAUCCUAUCAGCUUAAAGGUCAAGGGCAUGCAUCCUGUCUCAAUGCCUAGCUAUUGCAACCACGCAGUGUUUACAAACGCGGAAGCACGUAUUUGGCCAAUAAGGGCUGAGGCAAGGUUCCCGCAGACACUCCCACCCUACUUCCUCCCGCGCCAUCUUAGGCUGCCAUGUUAAUACGCCCUUGUGGGCCUAUAAUAGCACCUCUUGUAAUGUCACUUAAGGUGGUGUUAGUUUUUAAGGCUCGACAGAUAUAUUUUUAACAAUAUUAAACACAAUCAUCAUUACACCCUAUACCAUUAGUAAUUCCUUAGAACCAGCUACUGGUAGUCCAUAUUUAAAUUUUCCCCAGUUGUCUCAAAAUGCCUUUGUACAGGGGUUUCUUCAAAUCAGAAACCAAGCAAACUCCACUAUAUUUGGUUGAUGUGUUUCUUAAAUCUUUUUAAAUGUAUAAUUCCCUUUCCCUACCUUUUGUUCAUUUUGUUGAAGAAACUGGGUCUUUGUCCUGUACAAUCUGUACAAUCUUUCACAUUCUCUGGAUUUGGUUGAUUGUGGUCUCCUGGCCAUUAACAUUGGUGUAUACAUACAAUUAUUAUAGUUAUUUUUAAAAGGAGAGAGAGAAAAGGUAAGCAGAGAAGAAAUGCUAGAAUAAAUAUACUACAGUGACUGUAUUUGAAUAAU